GGCAGACCUUGAAGUGUACAAAAACUUAAGUCCAGAAAAAGUUGAAAGAUGCAUGAGUGUGAUGCAGUCCGGGACACAGAUGAUCAAACUGAAGCGUGGGGCCAAAGGGCUCGUCCGGCUCUUUUACCUGGAUGAGCACCGGACCCGCCUCCGAUGGCGACCCUCUAGGAAGAGCGAGAAGGCAAAAAUACUUAUCGACUCCAUUUACAAAGUCACCGAGGGUCGGCAGUCUGAAAUAUUCCACAGACAAGCUGAGGGGAACUUUGACCCCAGCUGCUGCUUCACCAUUUACCAUGGCAACCACAUGGAGUCCCUGGACCUCAUCACCUCCAACCCUGAGGAGGCCCGCACCUGGAUCACAGGCCUCAAGUACCUGAUGGCUGGCAUCAGUGAUGAAGAUUCCCUGGCCAAAAGGCAGAGGACCCAUGACCAAUGGGUGAAGCAGACCUUUGAGGAAGCUGAUAAGAAUGGUGAUGGCUUAUUGAAUAUUGAAGAGAUACACCAAUUGAUGCAUAAACUAAAUGUCAAUCUGCCUCGAAGAAAAGUCAGACAGAUGUUUCAGGAAGCGGACACAGAUGAGAAUCAGGGAACUUUGACAUUUGAAGAGUUCUGUGUUUUUUACAAAAUGAUGUCAUUGAGACGGGACCUUUAUUUGUUGCUCUUGAGCUAUAGUGAUAAGAAAGAUCACCUAACUGUCGAAGAACUGGCUCAGUUUCUGAAGGUGGAGCAAAAGAUGAAUAAUGUGACAACAGACUAUUGUCUUGACAUCAUAAAGAAAUUUGAAGUUUCAGAAGAAAAUAAGGUGAAAAAUGUUCUUGGCAUAGAAGGCUUUACAAGCUUUAUGCGCAGUCCUGCUUGUGACAUAUUUAACCCAUUGCACCAUGAAGUGUACCAAGACAUGGAGCAGCCUCUCUGCAACUACUACAUUGCUUCUUCUCACAAUACGUACCUGACUGGGGACCAGCUCCUUUCUCAGUCCAAAGUGGAUAUGUACGCACGGGUGCUGCAGGAGGGCUGUCGCUGUGUGGAAGUUGACUGCUGGGAUGGCCCAGAUGGAGAACCAGUCGUGCACCACGGCUAUACUCUCACUUCAAAAAUCCUCUUCAGAGAUGUCGUGGAGACCAUCAACAAGCACGCCUUUGUGAAGAACCAGUUUCCGGUUAUAUUGUCUAUCGAGAAUCACUGCAGUAUCCAGCAGCAAAGAAAGAUUGCUCAGUACCUGAAAGGAAUAUUCCAAGACAAACUAGACCUGUCAUCUGUGGACACAGGAGAGUGCAAGCAGCUUCCAAGCCCUCAAAGUCUGAAAGGCAAAAUCCUAGUGAAGGGCAAGAAGUUGCCUUAUCACCUUGGGGAUGAUGCAGAUGAGGGGGAAGUUUCUGAUGAGGACAGUGCAGAUGAAAUUGAAGACGACUGCAAGUUCAAGCUCCACUAUAAUAAUGGGACCACUGAGCAUCAGGUGGAAUCCUUCAUAAGGAAAAAGCUGGAGUCACUGUUAAAAGAAUCUCAAAUUCGAGAUAAAGAAGAUCCUGAUAGUUUCACAGUGAGGGCACUACUGAAGGCCACGCAUGAAGGCUUAAAUGCACACCUGAAGCAGAAUCCAGAUGUAAAGGAAAGUGGGAAGAAAUCACAUGGACGAUCCCUCAUGACCAACUUUGGAAAACAUAAGAAAACCACAAAGUCACGGCCUAAAUCUUACAGUACUGAUGAGGAGGAGGACACACAGCAGAAUCCUGGCAGGGACGGUGGCCAGCUGUACAGGUUGGGUCGCCGAAGGAAAACCAUGAAGCUCUGCCGAGAACUCUCUGAUUUGGUUGUGUACACAAACUCCGUGGCAGCCCAGGACAUUGUGGAUGAUGGAACCAUGGGAAAUGUGUUAUCAUUCAGUGAAACGAGAGCGCAUCAGGUGGUUCAGCAGAAAUCAGAGCAGUUCAUGAUUUAUAACCAAAAGCAGCUCACGAGGAUUUACCCCUCCGCCUACCGCAUUGAUUCCAGUAACUUCAACCCUCUGCCCUACUGGAAUGCAGGGUGCCAGUUAGUGGCACUGAACUACCAGUCAGAAGGGCGAAUGAUGCAGUUAAAUCGAGCCAAAUUCAAGACAAAUGGCAAUUGUGGUUACGUCCUCAAACCCCAGCAAAUGUGCAAAGGUACUUUCAACCCUUUCUCUGGUGAUCCACUUCCUGCCAACCCCAAAAAGCAGCUCAUCCUGAAAGUGAUCAGUGGGCAGCAACUCCCCAAGCCUCCAGACUCUGUGUUUGGAGAUCGAGGCGAGAUCAUUGAUCCUUUUGUUGAAGUUGAAAUUAUUGGAUUGCCAGUAGAUUGUUGUAAAGAUCAAACCCGUGUGGUGGAUGACAAUGGAUUUAACCCUGUGUGGGAAGAAACCCUGACAUUUACAGUACACAUGCCAGAAAUAGCUUUGGUUCGGUUCCUCGUAUGGGAUCAUGAUCCCAUUGGACGAGACUUUGUUGGACAAAGAACUGUGACCUUCAGCAGCUUAGUGCCUGGCUACCGGCAUGUCUAUCUGGAAGGACUGACAGAAGCAUCCAUAUUUGUCCACAUAACAAUCAAUGAAAUCUUUGGAAAGUGGAGCCCUUUAAUACUCAACCCCAGUUAUACUAUAUUGCACUUUCUAGGAGCUACAAAGAACAGACAGCUCCAAGGUCUGAAGGGACUGUUUAAUAAGAAUCCCAGGCACAGUUCUUCAGAAAACAAUUCCCAUUAUGUCCGGAAACGAUCGAUUGGAGAUAGAAUUCUGCGACGCACAGCCAGUGCUCCAGCCAAGGACAGGAAAAAGAGCAAAAUGGGCUUCCAAGAAAUGGUAGAGAUAAAGGAUUCUGUGUCUGAGGCCACAAGAGAUCAAGAUGGUGUCCUGCGGAGGACCACACGGAGUUUGCAAAUUCGCCCUGUCUCUAUGCCUGUUGACAAAAGUCUUCUGGGAGCUUUGUCACUUCCUUUAUCUGAAACAGCAAAAGAUACAGAAGGAAAAGAAAACUCUCGGGCAGAAGAUGAGGAUGGCAGAAGAAAAGGGAAGGGAAGUACAAAAGAUCCGCGUUCUCCAAAUUUCAACAAAAAGUUCUCCUCCUCCUCCUCCAGUGUGCUCCUCCACAAAGACCCCUGCCAAGGAGACUCCACUGUUUCUAUUGCCAACAUGUCAAUCACAGAAGAGCAGUUGGGAGUGCCAGGUCCUAAGGGUGGGGGAACCAAAUCCAAUGUGACAAGUGAUUGCCAGGAAAAUCACCGUCCCAGCAAAUCUCUCUCCCCAAGACAGCAUUUGGCUCUUGAUCCUGUGGUUAACCUAACACAAGAUCUGCAUGGUGUGAAAACCAAGGAAAAGAGGAAUACUGAGGGCUCCUUGGAAGGUAAAAGCACAUUGUCAGGAGGCGUCUUUUCUCAAAGCAAUCUGGAGAUUAAGAACCUGGAAGGUGAUAAGGGUAAGGGUAGAGCUGCAACAUCCUUUUCUUUAUCAGAUGUCUCCACGCUCUGUUCUGACACACCUGACUUACAUUCAACUUCGAUUCUGCAGGGGAGUGAAAUUUCCCAUCUUAUUGACAAUGUCACUUUAACAAAUGAGAGUGAGCCGGGCAGUUCCAUCUCAGCGCUGAUUGGCCAGUUUGAGGAAACCAGCAGUCAGGCUAGCUUUACAGUCCUUUCUCAUCUUCAUAGUACCAGCGUGAAGUCAGGUCAUCCUCCCUUGCCUCCCCUGGGCCUACAAAUGCCCUUUAAGCAUGGUUUUGCCAAGGGAAAACCCAAGGCAUCCUUCCUGUGCUCAUCUCCUGAGCUGACUGCAUUCCCAAGUUCGAAGACCACCAAACAUGCAGCAUACACAGCUGUCCAUGAAACUACCUAUACUCCCAUCUCUAAAACCAAACCAGAUAAUGACCUUUCUGGUAAGGCCAAGACAAGGGCCAUGGAACCCAAGCUGCCUGGGUCCCCUAAUACUUCUCAUGGCUGGCUGCCAAAAAGUCCCACCAAUGGAGAAGACUGGGAAAUACUGAAGAGCUGCAGCCCUGCCACUUCUGCAGACUUGACACUGGAGGAAAUAAUAGCUGAUCCCACUCUCUGCUUAAAUUCUGAAAAUAGCAGCCUUGUAGAAAUUGAUGGAGAGUCAGAAAAUCUGUCUCUAACAACCUAUGAAUGUAGGAGAGAGGGCACGAGUCAAAUUGCUUCUCCUUUAAAACUGAAGUACAGACAGGAUGUGGUGGAAUACUUUCAAAGAGGUUUAAGAAAUGGCUAUUGUAAAGAGACUUUCCACCCUUCUGUCCCUGAAAUAUUCAAAAAUAUUCAAGAUGUAAAAAAUCAAGGUAAUUCUUGUCUGUCCUAUCAGGGUGCUGGCUUAGUGCAUAACCAUUUCUCAAAUUCAGAUGCAAAAAUGAACCAGACCUGUUCAAAAAUGAAGCAGUCUAGUGUUCAAGAUAUGCCUCCCCCUGCACCCAAGCAGUCCACACAUCCUCCUUUGCCUGCUCUGAAACUGCCCAGUCCUUGCAAAUCCAAAAGUCUGGGGGACUUAACGUCAGAGGACAUCACCUGCAAUUUUGAGAGCAAGUACCAGUGUAUUAGUAAGAGUUUUGUUACAACUGGCAUUCGAGACAAGAAGGGUGUGACUGUGAAGACAAAGUCCUUAGAGCCUAUCGAUGCCCUGACCGCACAGUUGCGAAAGCUCGUGUCCUUUGACCAGGAAGACAGCUGCCACGUGCUCUAUUCAAAGCAGGACGCCAAUCAGUUCCCCAGGGCGCUGGUCAGAAAGUUGUCAUCCAGAAGUCAGAGCAGAGUGCGCAAUAUUGCCAGUCGUGCCAAGGAGAAACAGGAAGCCAACAAGCAAAGAGUUGUGAACCCGGGCAGCGGGGGAGGAGUGGUGCUUAGGAACAGACCCGCAGCCGCCGGCCCGGCGGUGAACCGGCACUCCACCGGCUCCUACAUCGCGGGCUACCUGGGAAGCGUGCAGCGGGGCCUGGAGGGCCGCGGCCUCCCGGAGGGCGCGUGCACCGCCCUUCGCCUUGGCUACGCCGACCAGUUUUGUUCAGAUAAUUCGGUUUUGCAGACUGAGCCAAGCAGUGAUGAUAAACCAGAAAUUUAUUUUCUUUUGAGACUGUGAAUUCUAUACCACUGCAUUUUCAAUGUUUACAAGGUAUUCUGUAGAAUGUCAGAGUUUUCAGUUUUCAGUAAAUAUGGUCUUUGGCUUUGAAAUGAUUUUCAAAUGUGUUUUUAAACAUAUUUUUGGCCUCCCUUUGACUUCAUGUGUUUUCCCUGUUUAUGUGUCGGUAUAUAGAUUUGGUGACAGUCCCUGUCCCUACGAUCUUUCCCCCUGAGGUGUUGUAAACUGUAUGGGUAUGAAAUAUGUGCAUGCCCUAGAUGUAACUUCUCAGCAGCUUGGGUUAUAAUGUACGUAUUUUUCACCAAGAUGCUCUUUACUGUGUCCUCAGAUCGCAGUCACCAAUGUAGUCAUUUUUACUCUCUGUUGAGUUCAUUAAGAGACUUUGCAAACAACAAAGGAAUGAAUUCUUUAUUUUAAGCUGUUAUCAUUUUUCCUACUUUUAUUUCUUUGUCCAAAAGCCCAGAUGCAUUUUUAUAACUCAGCUAAAAGAUUAAAAUAGUUACCUUGCCUUUUAAAAUUUCCUCGCCCUACCCAAAAAGAGUUUAAAGGGGAUCGUAGCUGCUCCCCACUUCCUCCCCGUCCCCUUUUAGAGUAGGCUGUGAGGAUAUGAGGAAGAAAACACACUUCUGUAUAUAAGGACAAAGUUGUUUGUUUUACAUAAAUUUUGUUACAUAUUUUUGCUAACAGCUUUGUAUGUAACAAGAACCCGGUUGCCAAGCUGUUUGUUGUAGUUUUGAAUUUUGGGAUUAAGUUAUAGACUGCAGACAAUGGCUCUAGAAUGAGGGACUGCUGUCAGACUCCAACAGUCACAGCAGCACACGUUGAAAACUUCCCCAAAGCUUAAAGAAAAAUAUUUUCUCAUAAUAAAAUCCAAGUGAGCAGACAAUUAGAAGACACCUUUUCCCUUCAGGGAACCAGGUAACUAUAUUUUAGUACUGAUGUGUUAUUUUCACUGUGAAUCCAUUUUUUUAUUGCAUGUUCAUCUGUCCCUCUGUGCUUUUUUUGUAACAUUAACUGAAAUGAAGUUCUUCCUGGAAUUAAUGAAAAUGUAAUUAAAGCAGAUUUUUAAACAUUUGG